GGCGGCAUGGCGGAGAGCGAGGCCGAGACCCCCAGCACCCCGGGCGAGUUCGAGAGCAAGUACUUCGAGUUCCACGGCGUGCGGCUGCCGCCCUUCUGCCGCGGGAAGAUGGAGGAGAUUGCCAACUUCCCGGUGCGGCCCAGCGACGUUUGGAUCGUCACCUACCCCAAGUCGGGCACGAGCUUGUUGCAAGAGGUGGUCUACCUGGUGAGCCAGGGCGCCGACCCGGACGAGAUUGGCCUGAUGAACAUCGAUGAGCAGCUCCCGGUCCUGGAGUACCCGCAGCCGGGCCUGGACAUCAUCAAGGAACUGACGUCUCCGCGCCUCAUCAAAAGCCACCUGCCCUACCGCUUCCUGCCCUCGGAUCUCCACAAUGGAGAUUCCAAGGUCAUAUACAUGGCUCGGAACCCCAAGGACCUGGUGGUGGCCUACUACCAGUUCCACCGCUCCCUGCGCACCAUGAGCUACCGCGGCACCUUCCAGGAGUUCUGCCGGAGGUUCAUGAACGACAAGCUGGGCUACGGCUCCUGGUUCGAGCACGUGCAGGAGUUCUGGGAGCACCGCCUGGACGCCAACGUGCUUUUCCUCAAGUACGAAGACAUGCACCGGGACCUCGUGACGAUGGUGGAGCAGUUGGCCAGAUUUCUGGGAGUGUCCUGUGACAAGGCCCAGCUGGAGGCCCUGAUCGAGCACUGCCACCAGCUGGUGGACCAGUGCUGCAACGCCGAGGCCCUGCCCGUGGGCCGGGGUACGCGCCGGGCCGCCCCCGCCCCCCUUCCUCUGCCUCGGGUCCCCUCCCUGCAGGUGUUCGUUGUCCCCCACUUCAGUGCCCCGCUGCCCCGCGUCUCGCUCCUCCAGGGCACCUGGAAGCUGGGCCGUCGAUGGCCCAGUCGAGUGCCCUCGACUGCUGUGUGCCCUGUUUCGAGCGCGUGGUGUUUUAGUUUACAGGAGUGGCUGCUGGGAUGUUUCAGUUUCUGUGGGCAGGAUGUUUUCAUGCAGGUGCCAUCCCAGAUGGCCCCACAGAGCAGAGCUGCGGAGGGGUUUGGGGCUGUGAAAUUUCGAAGCUCACAGCAUGCAGAUGGAUUCCUCAGCCUUCAGCUGGCUCGUGGGAGAGUUGAUGAUGCGGGUGGGGGUGGGUCCCCAUGCGAGGGGGCGCCGUUUUCCCGCACCCCAAGUGGGUGCUGGCUACACAGGUAAGGACUUUCCCUGCCCAGGGAGGGAGGGUGUGAGCAGGAAGUGCAGGCCUCCCAGGGGGUCGGCCGCACUGGCAUCAGACAGCGAGGCUGGAGCCAGCUCCUGGCAGCGGAAGCCGUUUCUUGGGUGUGAGGCAGUUUGAGAUGGGAGGAGUCCUCACGGCCACCCGGGCUGCUCCCGUGUCCUCAGAGGCUGCCUGACUGUGUGGAGCUCAGGCGUGAAAACUCCCUGGGUCCCCAGGGGUGGUUGUGGCUGUGUAAACCACCCUUUUGGUGAGAGCGACCCCCCUGUGACCCCUGGUGGUUUAGACCUGAGGUUGGUUCCCAGCUGGGUGAAUCUGGAGCUUGCCCAGGUGACGAGAGGUCUCGAAGGUUGGGGGGUGGGGGCGCGCAGAGAAGCCAAUGGCUCUGCAGCCCGGCUCAGAUGCACAGGGAGGUACCUGGGCAGGGACAGGGGGCCGGGCCGCCUCACAGCUACAUCCCGGGGGAGUACCUUAGCCAGGCCUCUGAGCUUAGGCUCUUUAUUUGUCCUCUUAGAAGGGCUGAUCAUGGCCGGCACGUGGCUGACGGCCAUUCUGAAGGUCAGGUGGACAGCGCCUUCCCAGAAAGGCAGAGCGGUCACCUCUUCCAGGAAGAAAACAAAAAUACCUCACAAUUUAUUUCCUGGCUGCAUUCUCACAAAUAUUUAUGAUUUACAAUUUAUUUGCUCUAUUUUAGUUUUGCUUUUGCUGUGUUUUGUUAUCCUUGGGUGUGACCUUCUCCAAAAUACCCGUUUCGGUUCAUUCGUGUGGUAAAGAAGUGUCGAGAACAUACUGCGCGCCAUAUGCCCCUUCUGGUGUGUUUGCUUUGUCAUUGUUCACCUUGGUUUCGCUUUGUUUCAGUUUGAUUUUGUUUUCUUUUAGCACAUUGCCUCUUUGCUCAGAAGACCUUCUUGCGUUGGUGAGAUGCAGGGCUUUGAGUAGCCAGCUGCAUUGCUUAAAUUUGAUUCAUGUCACAGCAUAAAUUGCACUGUCUUGAUUCCAAAUCCUAAACCAGGUGGGUGACUCCUUUGACGAGCUCUCGGCUGCCUCAGCUGAGAAAAAUAAUCAUGGGAAAAUAUAAUAGUAUGAUUGCUUUAGAAGCUUCUCAUUCUGUCCUUUAGGUGUCAUUCACGAGUAGCAGAACAGUUUCUCUCGUUUCCUUCCUCUCCAGCACUGACAUAUAAUUUUCAUUACCGAGGAGGAAUCCUUGUCACGUCGAAUACGUUAGCUCAGCACUUGCAGGGUUGUGGUUUCAUACCUGAGGACGAGGACGACUGUCACUAAUGGGGCUGACGGAGGGGGACAGACGCCAGAGCCAGGGCUCUGAUCUCAGACGUGUUGACAGCGAAAGGAAUCCUGAGCGAGCAUUUCUGUCCCCGAGGCCGUUACUGGAAAGCACGGUGACAGGGCUCCGGGCGGCGGGCCCCCAGCUCCCAGGGCUGAGAGGUCAGCGGCCCUACUCCUGACGUCUUCAUGGUGGCCCUUAGCAUUUGACUCAUCCAGCUGCAGACUUUGUCAUAAAUGCACAGUGCGUGGGGGUUCAGCAUCGGGGGCGUUUUGAGCUCUGCCCCCUGCCCCCUAAGCCUGCGUGAACAUCAACCCGCAGGCCCCAUGCCCCGCACAUCUCAGGCGAGCUGGCAGUUUUCGGCCGGCCUCCCGAGCUGCAGCCCUGCCUGGCUCAGUGUUGAGGCGGGGCCUGCUCGCUGCCACACUCGCUUGGCAUCAGGUCACAAAAGCUGGCUUACCCGGCGACUGUU